CUCGUCCAUCAUGCUUGUGCCUGCCCUCCGCGCCAGAGCUCCCGGAGCUAUGGCCUCCAGCCGAUUGGCGCCAUUGAAGCUGAGCCAGGCCUCUACCCGUUUCCUGUCCUCGACGCCCCGCCGCCAUGCCGACGAGCAGCUCAACAAGGUCUCCUCCAAGAUCACGCAGCCCAAGUCGCAGGGCGCCUCGCAAGCCAUGCUAUACGCGACUGGCCUGAAAGAAGAGGACAUGGCCAAGCCGCAGGUCGGCAUCUCGUCCGUGUGGUUCGAGGGCAACCCGUGCAACAAACACCUGAUCGACCUGUCGGCGGUGGUGCGCGAGUCGGUGGACAGGGCCGGCCUGGUGCCCAUGCGCUUCAACUCGAUUGGCGUGUCGGAUGGUAUCAGCAUGGGCACGAGUGGCAUGCGCUACAGUCUGCAGAGCCGUGAGAUCAUUGCCGAUGGCAUUGAGACGGUCAUGAACGGCCAGUGGUAUGACGCCAACAUCUCGCUGCCCGGCUGCGACAAGAACAUGCCCGGCGUCCUCAUGGCCAUGGGCCGCGUCAACCGUCCUAGUAUCAUGGUCUACGGCGGCAGUAUCAAGCCUGGCUGCAGCGCCAGCGGCCAGCCUCUCGACCUGGUCAGCGCGUUCCAGUCAUACGGCCAGUACAUCACAGGCCAGAUCGACGAGAAGCAGCGUUUUGAUAUCAUCCGCAACGCGUGCCCCGGCAGCGGUGCCUGCGGUGGUAUGUACACGGCGAACACGAUGGCCACUGCGAUCGAGACGCUCGGUAUGACAGUUCCUGGAAGCAGCAGCACGCCGGCGGUGGACCCCAAGAAGGUGCAGGAGUGCGAGAACAUUGGCGAGGUGAUCAAGAACCUGCUCAAGGAAGACAUCCGGCCCAAGGACAUCAUGACGCGGCAAGCGUUCGAGAACGCCAUGAUCGUGGUCACUAUCUUGGGUGGUAGUACCAACGCUGUGCUGCACUUGAUUGCCGUCGCCGAUGCCGUCGGCAUCAAGCUGACCAUUGAUGAUUUCCAGGCUGUGUCAGACAAGACGCCGUUCCUGGCCGAUCUGAAGCCGUCUGGAAAGUACGUCAUGCACGACCUGUACAAGGCCGGUGGCACACCAGCGCUGCUGAAGUUCCUCCUUAAAGAGGGUCUGAUUGACGGUUCCGGCACCACGGUCACGGGCAAGACGAUGAAGGAGAACGUCACCUCGUGGCCUGAUUUUGAUCCCAAACAGCCGAUUAUCCGUCCCCUAAGCAACCCUAUUAAGCCUUCCGGUCACCUCCAGAUCCUCCGCGGAUCAUUAGCUCCCGGUGGCUCCGUCGGCAAGAUUACUGGCAAGGAGGGCCUGAGGUUUGAGGGUACGGCCAAGUGCUACGACUACGAGGAUGGCUUGAUCGAGGCGCUCGAACGCGGCGAAAUCAAGAAGGGCGAGAAGACCGUCGUCAUCAUUCGGUACGAGGGACCCAAGGGCGGUCCCGGCAUGCCCGAAAUGCUCAAGCCCAGUGCCGCCAUCAUGGGUGCCGGCCUGGGUCAGGACGUCGCGCUGCUCACUGACGGGCGGUUUUCCGGCGGAAGCCACGGUUUCCUGAUCGGGCACAUUGUGCCGGAAGCUACGGAGGGCGGCCCGAUCGCCCUGGCCAAGGACGGCGACAGAAUCGUCAUUGAUGCGGAGAAGAAGAUUGUGGAUCUGGAGAUCUCGCCCGGAGAGCUGGAAAAGAGGAGGAGAGCCUGGACGCCGCCUGAGCCGAGGUACAAGAAGGGCACGUUGAAGAAGUAUGCCAGCUUGGUGAGCGAUGCGAGCCAUGGAUGUGUGACGGAUGGUCCGAUCUAGAUGCUCCUUGUAAGAGUCUGAAAGUAUGAGAAUGGGGUGGCUGUUGAGGUCUCAAGCUUUGUUCGCCUUGAGGGUGAACGGGAAUGGUUAGAAAAAAACAGCUGUUCUUCAUGCUGUGGGUUGUAGCGUUGAAUAAGCGGGACGGCGCAAAAAAUGAACUUUCUUUUUUCUCGUAUUUGAUCUGCGUUAUGUCGGUGGUAGUCUUCACACGGGGAGGUUGACGAAGAGCGCCGGGUCCUCUUUAUCUCUGAACAUCAUCAGCGGGCGAAGGAGAAGAUCAAGCGAGAUGUAGUCAGAAUUCCGCGUGGUCAUAACGAAAACGUGGUUUACAUCUGGACGUCGUGUCUAUGCCG